CUGAACCCCUCAAAGCCUCUAACACACACUCAGUCACUCACACCUUGUCUCUCUACCAUCUCCUAUGGUUAGAGAGAGAGCAUUUGAGAAUUUCCACAUUCUUGCUCUGCAAGCUAAUUCUUUCCCCUAUUAAAACCUUUUUCCAAAACCCAAACUCACAUUUACUUUCACACCCAUAUAACCAACAAAAAAAACCCCAUCUCUCAGGGUUUAUCAAAAACCCCAAAAAUAAGAAAAAGAGAAAAUGGGUAAAGCCUAUGCAAUAGGGCUCAUCUCAGCCCUUGCAGCUUCUGCCACAGCUUCCUUGUCGUCCCAAUCCCAUGUGGCUUAUGCUGAUGGCCCUUUCAAAUUUUCUCCAUUUUCUUCUUCUCCUCCUUCUGGGCAAUCUCAGCCGUCCAAUCCGCCACCGGCAGCUCCGGCUAAUAAAGAGUCUGAGCCUCCGGCUGCGCCUAAGGUUCGGAAUGAUAACCCGAGGACCACGUCGGCCGGGUUUGAUCCCGAGGCGCUGGAGAGGGGGGCCAAGGCGUUGAGGGAGAUCAGCAGUUCCAAUAAUGCCAAGAAGGUAUUUGAAAUUAUAAAAAAGCAGGAAGAGACAAGGCAGGCAGAGAUGGAGACGAAGGUUGCGGAGUUCAAGGCAAUGCAAGCUCAAGCUGAGACUGAGAGACAAAGGGUAAUUUAUGAUGAACAGAAGAAGCUAGCUCAACAGCAAGCACAAACAAAAUCCCAAAUUGCUCAGUAUGAGGAUGAACUGGCAAGGAAGAGGAUGCAGGCAAAAAAUGAGUUACAUAGGGCCAGGAAUCAAGAGCUUGUAAAAUUGCAAGAAGAAUCAUCCGUUAGGCAGGAGCAAGCUCGAAGAGCAACUGAAGAACAGAUUCAAGCACAACGGCGACAAACAGAGAGGGAGAAGGCUGAUAUAGAACGAGAAACGAUCAGAGUGAGGGCUAUGGCAGAAGCAGAAGGGAGAGCCCAUGAAGCGAAGUUAGGUGAAGAAGUCAACCGGCGGAUGUUAGUAGACCGUGCAAAUGCAGAGAGGGAAAAAUGGGUAGCUGCCAUAAAUACUACUUUUGACCAUAUUGGAGGGGGUUUUAGAGCCAUUCUAACAGACCAAAAUAAGUUGGUAGUGUUUGUUGGUGGAGUGACGGCUCUAGCAGCAGGGGUUUACACAACAAGAGAAGGAGCAAGGGUGAUAUGGAGCUAUGUAGAUAGAAUAUUAGGACAACCAUCACUAAUUAGAGAGUCAUCCAGAGGGAAAUACCCUUGGUCAGGCUCGUUUUCUCGUGCCAUGAGCACUCUCUCUCGUGGUGCGGAUAAAGGAUCUGCUUCGAAGAAUGGAAAUGCAUUUGGUGAUGUAGUCUUACACCCAUCUCUUCAGAAAAGGAUUGAACAGCUGGCUGGCGCAACUGCCAAUACAAAAUCCCAUCAGGCACCAUUCCGGAACAUGCUUUUCUAUGGUCCUCCAGGAACAGGAAAAACAAUGGCUGCUAGAGAGCUGGCUCGUAAAUCUGGGUUAGAUUAUGCAUUGAUGACUGGAGGAGAUGUUGCUCCGCUGGGACCACAGGCUGUCACCAAGAUACACCAGUUGUUUGAUUGGGCCAAGAAGUCACGGAAAGGUUUAUUGCUUUUCAUUGAUGAGGCCGAUGCAUUUUUGUGCGAGCGGAAUAAGACCUACAUGAGUGAAGCUCAGAGAAGUGCACUUAAUGCCCUCCUUUUCCGCACAGGUGACCAGUCCAAAGACAUAGUGCUUGCUCUUGCAACAAAUCGCCCUGGUGAUCUUGAUUCAGCUGUGUCUGACCGUAUUGAUGAAGCUCUGGAAUUUCCAUUGCCUGGGGAACAGGAACGCUACAAAUUAUUAAAACUCUAUCUGGACAAGUAUAUAGCUCAGGCUGGACCGAAGAAAUCUAGCUGGUUCAAAAAUUUGUUCAAAAGGGAACAGCAGAAGAUAGAGGUCAAGGGUUUGACUGAUGAUAUUUUUAAGGAAGCAGCAGCUAAAACUGAGGGGUUUUCUGGAAGAGAGAUAGCAAAGUUGAUGGCAGGUGUUCAAGCUGCUGUUUAUGGGAGUGAGAAUUGUGUGCUUGAUCCAAACCUGUUUCGGGAGGUGGUAGAUUAUAAAGUUGCAGAGCAUCAACAGAGAAAGAAAUUGGCAGCCGAUAAAGGUAGUGUAUGAUUAUUGAUGUUUAACGCACAGUUUUUGUAUCGGGUGGCCAUACAUUGUCAGGUUUCUAUCUGCUUAGCUGCUAGGAAUGGCCCAUGCUUUUUGUUCAGGGCACCAUUGUCUUAUGAUUAUUUGCCCCUUCCUGAUUUGGGAAUUUUGGUAUUGAGCAUCUUAGGUUUUAUUAAAUGUUAAUGCUGAUGAUAAUUGUCAAUUAUAUUCACAGGGGUAUCUGUUAAAAUAGGUUAUUUUUAUCCAUAUAGUUGGGAAUUCUCUUUCUCCCAUUUGGCAUUUGGGUUGCUUUAAUAAAAUUUAAUGCCGGUGACAACUGAAUUAUUCAUA